UAUUUUGUUGUAAACAUUAAGACGGAGAGCACAUGCAGACGAGUGAAAUAAAAAUUCUUACUUCAACAUUGUCACCGAUAUAGUACGUUAACGAUUUAAAAUACAAAAAAACGUGAAAAAUUUUUAAAAGGUUGUAAAACAAAAAAAAAAAAAAAAACAAUGAUUAAAUUACUUCAAACUGAAUUUUUAAGCCAAAGUGUAAUGACCUGAAAACGAUAGCACAACAUCUUUAAAAUCCUAUUAAGAAUUAGAAAAUUCAAAAAAAUAAAUAAAUAAAAACAACAAAAACGAACAAAAUUAUGAUAAUGAAAGUGUUUGUAAGACAAAGCGUUAAUGUCAACCAUAAAAUAAUUAGUGUUCCUUUUAAUAACAAAACAACCGCCAAGUGCAUACAAAUAUUCAUAGUAUUAGAACUGACGUUAUUGUUAAUGAUCGCUACUGAAGUUAGAGCGGCGCCUCAUGCUGUUGUUGCUGUUGAUAACACAACGUCUGUAACGCUUAAUCACGCUGUUUGGCCUCCAAUGAAACAUCAUGAUAUUUGGAAUGACGACAAACGAUAUUUAAGGAGCGCAAAUGCAAGAGAAACAAUUUACGAAGAUGAUGACGAAAUGGCUGUUGCAACAAAACAAGAAUUGUAUGAAAAUAUCGAAUUCAAUUCUAGACAAUAUUUAAGGAAUUUGGUGGUAAAUGAUAUUGAUAACAAUAAUGACUCAAUAAAUUUUGUCGAGGAUUCAAAAAGACAAAGUAAAGUUAUACAUUUAUUUCCGGUUCCUGUUGAUGGCGAAUGUUUAUCGGAUGAUGGUCGACGCACUGGUACCUGUUUUAAUGCCUACGAGUGUCGUAACAAAGGAGGUGAAGCAAAAGGUGAAUGCGCUUUAGGUUUUGGAGUUUGUUGCAUUUUCAUCGCUAAUUGCAAUGAAACCAUUAGCAACAAUAUAACUUAUUUGAUAUCGCCUCAUUUUCCCAGUUUUAUGCCCAACAAUGUCACUAAUUGCAGCUUAAAAAUUAAGCUAAUGAACGAUGACAUCAGUCAAUUACGCAUUGAUUUCUACCAUUUCAUAUUGGGUCAACCCAAUCGGCGAAAUGGUGUCUGCGAUGGUGAUGUCUUCAGUGUUUCAGGAGGUCCGGGAGGCACUAUAUCGUUAUGUGGUCAGAAUAGUGGACAACAUAGUAAGUAA